UUAAACAAUUAAAUUAAAAUAACGCAGACGGAUGUCUUCAACAGAAGCAUUUACCAUCGACGAACAACCUCGUAGCUCACGGUAGGUCUGUCUUUAAAGUUUAAUAAGUUAUCAUUAAAAAUCAGUUCGUCUUUGGAAUAAAUUUAUGGGAUUUUUACCUCCAGAACCAGACUGUGGUCAUGACGGAGCAACAGUUUUAAGAGAAUCUUGCUGAGUUAGUAAAAGUUAGUUAAACGGUAUACAACAUGUGGUUUAAUGGAACAGACAUUUGUAGGAAACUCUAGCGCCCCCUUGAGGACUGACAUUUGUUACCGCCACAGUAACGCACGAACGCCUGUUACGUAUGUAUGAGAACGUGCCAAACAUCAGCAUCUGCGUUUGUGUACUCGUGUAGAGUGAAGAAUGAAGAACGCAGACAUGAAGAAUGAGAGACAUGUAAAGUUAGGUCAAAGACAUGCAGCACAUGAGCCUUUCUUCAGUAAAUGGGUCUCCAUCUCUCUGACCUACUUCUGCAUGAAGGUCAAUGUUAAUGAUCAGGUCUCCAUCGUGUCUGCAGAAGGUUGGCAUUAAUGUGAGGACUUGGUCACAUGACUGACAACACCUGCAGGGAGAUUCAUGGAACUGUGAAUCUCGUAGACAGAAGACUGGAUCUGUGUGGUUUGCCUGUGGUUCCUCGUGGCAUGACGACCACUAACAAAGGAAACAAGGCCUUGAAGGUGAAGAGGGAGCCCGGCGAGAAUGGGACGAGUCUCACAGACGAUGAGUUGGUGUCCAUGUCGGUCCGUGAACUCAACCAGCAUCUGCGUGGUCUGUCGAAAGAAGAGAUCCUGCAGCUAAAACAGCGCCGGCGGACGCUCAAGAACCGCGGCUACGCUGCCAGCUGCCGCGUGAAACGUGUCACCCAGAAGGAGGAGCUAGAGAGGCAGAAGGCGAAGCUACAGCAGGAAGUGGAAAAGCUCGCCUCAGAAAAUGCCAGUAUGAAAGUGGAGCUGGAUGCGUUGCGCUCCAAAUACGAGGCUCUGCAGAGUUUUGCCAGAACUGUGGCCAGAGGGCCCGUGAUGCCCGUUUCUAAUGUGAUCUCUCCCCGCGGGCCAUUGGCGUCUGUUAUGGGGCCCCUCAUUCCUGGCAAGGUGGGAGCCACAAGUGUUAUCACGAUAGUUAAAUCUAAAACUGAUGCGAGGUCUUAGUGCCCUACAGUGGGAGCAAGAGAGAGUGUUGGUCAGUGCAUGAUGGUUUAGGCACAGGACAGAAAGUGUUGAUGCCAUUUUGGGGCUGAAGUUAGUCUGAAGUAGCCCUUCAAUUUUUGCUGGUUCAUGGGUUACUAAAGGAGAAAAGCACAUCUAGGAUGGUUAAUUCACUUGGGCUUCCAAAAUAGUCUCCAAAUUACCAACGAAAAAAUCUGAAAACAUGCAGCCAAAUUGUCAUUGUGGACGUCUGUGAUAUUGCUGUGAGAUUUGUAAUUUUGUAAUUUUGACUUUGUAUUGUGUGUUUCACAUGAGGUCCAAGUUCAGUGUUUAUGUUAUUGUACUUUUUAUACAGCAUUUGUGCGUUCUUUGUUUAUUUUCUCUUUGGAGAUGCCACGUUAAUGUCCUUUUGUUUACGGACUGCAGGCACACAACACUUUAUUAACGUUCAGGCUUCCAAACUCUUCCACCGUCUCUGUAUUAUGUCAUGGAACUCAAGGAGAAGGUAAAUAAAAUAGAAUCUUUUCCAUAUAAUGAGAUGCGAAAUGUAAUGAAGCCUAAUUUAUGCACUGACCAAUCACUGAUGGGCAGGAGGAGAGGAGGCGGAGUCAAACAAGCAGAUGUUGUUCAUAUGGUAGCUAUCAGGAUCUCACACCAGUUUAUGUGCUAACUCGUCCAUUUUCAGGACAGAAAAUACUUUUAUUAUGACAGAUGAGACUUUAUUGGCAAGGCAAUAACAUAUUUAUGUUAUGCAAUGUUACAUUACAGCUUGUAUUUGCUUUUGUUUAUUUCAUGGUUAAUGACCUUCACAGUGAAGGUUAUAAUGUCUGUCAUUGUCAGUAAAUAUGGAUAGAUUUUUCACUAUAUCAAUUGAUUGUUGAGUACAUUGUUGAGUAAAAACAAGAUGAGAGAAAAAAAAAUAAAAGCUUCUGCUUUUGAAAGCCGGACCGUCGUGCGACAUAAACUGGUGAUAUAUCACAAGCUUUACCAUAAAUUUGUUGCUGUGACAUUGCGUAACGUAUUCUAAGAAUCUUUGUCUAUAUUGGUGGAGUCUUGAAUUUUAUAUUACAAAAAAUAACAGAGUAUCUUGCAUUAUUUAUAAAACGUUUAAAAAAGAAAUAUAAAGUAGUUUGAUAGCUCUCUUUUUUGCAAUUGUACCGAAAGUGGCUUAACUAUUGAAGUCAAUAGCUUUUUCUAGUGACUAGGCGCGUAAAACUGUGGACUAGCGCGUGUGGUGUGAUUUGUACUGGUGAGGUGGUGCUGUUGUUUACGAUGUGGAUGUGACACACUUCUGAUUUCAGUCAAACGCAGAUGAUGAGCGUACGUUACCCGCCACGAUACCUGUAGUUUAGCGGCUGAUAUUUUUGAAACACAUAAAUCUUUUCCGCGAGAGCUUGAAAGUUGGUUUCGGCCGCUGUUAAAUGGACACAUUCAAAGCGAAGCGUGUUUAACACGCGUAAAGACUUCUCAGGACAGCGUAACUACUUCAAGGAUUUCGGGGAUGCGUCGUCUCAUCCUCUGUGUUUGAGUCCUUUUACCUGAUGUGUGAUUUUUAUAUAUUUUGGUGUAAAACGUUUCUAUGGUAUAUUUGUUGUUGUUUUUUUCUCUUCUAAUUUAGUUGUUUUCUUUAAAUGCCAGGGAAGUGACUGCUGUAUAUGCACUGAUUUAAACGAAACAAACGAGCGAUGUGUGUCUGCUGUAUAAUGUUUAGUUUGACAUACGGCUGCUCUCGAUGUUGCAACGCUGUUCCUAGUGGGACUCCAAAUAUAUGCGUUUUCUCAUAAAAGAUGACCUUAAAACAUCGAUAAAAAAAUAUAUUUUUUUAUGUUCUAGCUUUUUUGGCCAAAUACAUUCUCCAUUUAGAAAAGAGGCAAAAAAUCACUAACAUAAGAAUUAAGAAUAAUUAUUAUGUUGCGUUCAUGUCUUGUCAGACAUAAGGUAAUUACUUCAACUGGGAACUGUUCACGUCCUCAGAAAUGAUUUGUUUCAAUGGUAACUCUCAAAAUGCCAAAAGCGAUCCAUGUGCAGCUUUGUUGUUGAUGACGUCAAUAACAGAGGUAGACCAAUUAAUCAGGUUUACCGAUUAAUCGGUGCCGAUAGUUGCUUUUUGGAACUAAAAAAAUCUAUGGCGAUAGUUGCAAAUAGUUUUUUCAGCAUUUUUUUCAUUUCAAAAUAAGAGUCCCAGGUGUGUUUCGGGCUUGUUUAUACUUAAAAGUCCCAUGUUUCGCACCAAAUCUUAAUUUUUUCUGGUUAUUAAUGGGAUUUUGGUUGAACAAAAAACUGCUUCUGGGAUUUUAUUCAUUUUGGAAUCUUUGUCUUUGCCCGCCAUAAUAAAGAAAGAAUAAGUAUAUAAUAUAUUUCUAUAAUUCGAUUUUUAAAAACUGUCGUCCGAUGAAUCGGUUAUCGGCCUUUCCCACUACCUUAGUUAUCGGUAUCGGCAAAAUCCACUAUCGGUCACCUCUAGUCACUACAUUAAUUCACCUCUUUAUGCACUUGGACUAAUAUUUGCUAUAAUAAAAUGCCAUUAAACAGUACAGUGUCUCACAAUCGCUAGCUAACCAUGGCAAUUUUGGUUGUUUUCAUGAGUUUCAAACUUGCAAUUAUGAGUUUGACAAAGAUGUGAACGUAUUUACUACUCGGAAACUCGUAAUUACUGUAAUUCUGACAAGACGUGAAUGCAGCGUUAAUGCUUUGAAAAACAGAACAAUGUUGCUUGAUUGCUAGCAUACGACUUUUAACUAUUAAAGCCGUUGCAAUUUUGGUUGUUUUUACGUAAAAUUCAGAGUUUCAAGUUUGUUAUUACUCGUUUGACGAAGAUGUAAGUGGUUUUUUACUACUCGUAAACUCUGAUUAUGGUCAUUUAUGACGUUACAUGAAAGCAGAAUUAACGCUUUAAAAAACAGCAAAAUCUGAAGCAAACGACUUUGAACGAUUUUUGUCAUACAGCUCAAGAUUUUUAUAGUUUAGCCCAGAGCAGUCUGAUUUUAAGACAAUCUCUGUAGAAAUGUACAGCACACAUUUGCUUUCUACAUCAUUUAAGUUUUUUCGCAUUGCGCUGAUCUGGCAUUUUAAGAACUAAUUUGUUGUUGGUAUAUUUGUAUGACAAGUUUUUUUUUUUUUUAUUGAUGUAAAUCAACAGAAAAAACGUCCUCUAACUGGCUAAUCUGUGAAAUCGUUUUGUAACGAAGUCUUUGAUCCAUCUCCGCUUUGCUUUCGUAACUAAUGGUAGCGUUCUAUUGGCUGUUGCAGUUCUGUGGCGUGUCCGACAUUCUAUACACAAUGUGUCGAAAGGUAAAAAAUUUAAUUUUCUAGAUCUUCUAGCUUACUCGCAAACGAUGAUAAUGUGAUUUUUGUGUUCAUGUGUCAGGUAGCACUACUGCCCAAUAAUGAAGCAACUGAUUUUCCAAACGUUUCUUCCAAAUGUUCCAAUUUUUGUCGUUUUUGUUGUGGUGAUUUGGUGUAAAAAGUGACAUAUGCAAAUCAGCCGGUGGUAGGAAAGGAUCACGACCUCUCAAUAGGAAUGUCAUCCGUAAAUAAUCGCUUAUGAGGGCACGACGAAUUAUGUAUUGCGCAACACUUACAUUUCUGCAAAAAAUUCACCCAAUUGAUAAUUGUCGUCUGAUACGCACUAGAUUUACACAGAAAGGGCUUCGCAACAGAGGACUGAACUCAGAUUUUAUAAUUCAUUUAAAUCAAUCUUUCUGUUUUUUCUUUCCUGUCUGAAACAGUGCCAUGUCCCGAGAGGCAAAAGAAACGGUUCUUAAUAAUAAACUAAGACAAUCCUGAGAAUAGCCACAUUUCUUAAAAAUGACUUGUAAUUCUGUCAUCGUUUACAAACCCACAUGACUUUAAUGAUUUUUUCUGUCCUAUUUUGAGUUUGAAAACAGCGGGAACAUUUGCUAAACAUCUUUUUGCGUUCCACGGAAGAAAGAGGGUGAGUAAAUGAUGACAGUAUUUCCAUUUUUGGGUGAACUAUCCUUUUAAGACCCAUUGGUCAAAGAAAGGGGUCAGUUCAGAUAUUAAUCGUAGACUCUCUUUAAGCAGAUCAAAAGCGAGCGACUGGUCGAGCUGGACAAUCCCGUGUGUCCAGUUCUGUUGCUGGGCAAAGUGGGCACUACCUCUGAAUUCAUGCCCUACUUCUCCUACAAGCUCUCAGACUUCUACAUUGUCUUGACUUUUAUUCGUUCUUGUCAAGCCCCAAUGUGUUUCUGCUCUUAAAAAAACUUUUUCUUGCCUCGCAGGACGUGCAAUACAAUGUUUCAUUCAAAAUGAGUUUGAAGACUUUAUUUCUCCAGUUUCCUGUUAAUAUUUAAAGGCAUAGUUCACCCAAAAAUGAAAAUUCUGUCACAGUUACUCACCCUUUUUUGAAGAAUCUUUACGCAGGUCUGUUCAUACAUCAACAGUUCAUAGUGACCACCACUGUCAAGAUCCAUAAAGGACAUAGAAAUAUCAUAAAAGUAGUUAAUAUGAAAGAUAUAUUAUAGCUUUGUGUGAGGAACAGAAAUUAUGGGUGAUUCUCACGAAACAUGUCAAGAAAAUGUCUUAUUUUAUUCCAAUAGCAAAAGAAACAAAUAAGAAAGUAUAUUUUACAUAAAGAAAAUUAAGCCUACUUUAAGAUUGUAUACACUGUGACAUUCUUUGCACACAACGUGCCAGACACAUUACGGUAAUGAGAACUGGAGGGAACAUCAGUUUUUACAUUUUUAUAUUUUGUAUGACAGUUGCGCAUAUUUUACCCCCAAAUUCUCAUUACACAGGGUGAAAAAAAUUAUCUAAUAUUAUCUAACCCUCCUAUGGUAUUGAAACAGGGCGACUCCCUUUGGUAUUCACGGUGAUUAUUGACCGGAAGGGUCAGAUGUGUAACCUUUUUUUAAUUUAUUUUUUUAUGAUGAUGAUACCAUUUCUUCUUCCAUGAAGUAAGAACAAUAAAAUUAUGCAUUUCUUUUGGGAUUUUAUGCUAUUUUGAUCUUAUUUACAUGUAAAUUAUAUACAUAUACAAAUAGGCAAAGUUGAAACAUGAAAAAAAUGAGAAUGUGACAUAAAUUGGAGGCAGAUUGCUUUCAUCUGAUGAACAAAAUAUAAAUAACUUGAGUUGAACACCAUGUCAUGCCAGUAACAGCCAGUAGAUGACUGUAGACACAUACUGUGUAGUCUGAUGACUUGUUGUAACCUAAUUUUAGAUUUUAUCAUGAGAUAUGCAUUUGGAUAUAUAUUUAGACAUUAUUAAACUAUUAUUUGUCAAAGUUUAGCAUUUUAAAUUGAUUUGAAGUGUCAGUUUUUGCUGUUAAUGUCAUUAUGCUGCAAUCAAACCUGACCAUGGUGUAAAUUUAAGAAAAUAAACAUCAAGAAACAGAAAUGAACUGCAAAACUCUGAUUCUUCUGAUUUAUACUCUAAUUGAAUUUUCAAAGUAAAUAUUUUGCAAUUUCAAACUUUCUAUAGUAAACAUUUAUUUUGCAAAAGUGUGUGUGUUCUGCAUUGUGGUUGAUUUAUUUUUUAAUUUUUUUGACAAACGUUAAAAAAAGCUCUAUUUGGGUACCUGGGUUGCUCAGUGAGUACUGACGCUGACUAUCACCCCUGGAGUCGUGAGUUCGAAUCCAGGGUGUGCUCAGUGACUCCAGCCAGGUCUCCUAAGCAACCAAAUUGGGCCAGUUGCUAGGGAGGGUAGAGUCACAUGGGGUAACCUCCUCGUGGUCAUGAUUAGUGGUUCUCGUUCUCAAUGGGGCGUGUGGUAAGUUGUGUGUGGAUCGUGGAGAGUAGCAUGAGCCUCCACAUGCUGUGAGUCUCCGCGGUGUCAUGCACAACGAGUCACGUGAUAAGAUGCGCGGAUUGACGGUCUCAGAGGCGGAGGCAACUGAGACUUGUCCUCCGCCACCCGGAUUGAGGUGAGUAACCGCGCCACCACGAGGACCUACUAAGUAGUGGGAAUUGGGCAUUCUAAAUUGGGGAGAAAAAGGGGAUCAAAUAAAAAGCUCUGUGUCUUUGUAUUUAUACACCAUAGUAAAUACUACCUUGAAGCUCCAUUUCAGUUUUGCUGAUUAUAAUUUAAAAAUGAGCAAACAUUUACGGUGUUACGGUAAUGAGAAUCACCAUUGAAAACAAUGGGAAUAGUAAAAGUAAAAUUUGCAGAUGUGUUACGGUAAUGAGAAUUGAGAAUGAUUAUCAGUGAAUCACAACUUAAAUUUCUGUCUGUUCCUCUCACAAAGCUAUGGCAUUACUUUAGUAGACAUGGAAGUCCUGUGAGCUUCUUUGAUGGUGCUUCUUGGAGUCACUUUAAUUGUAUGGAAAAGAGCAGUGCAAACAAUUUCCGCUCACAUCUACUUAUCUGCAAUGGGUUAACAACAUAUCAGGGUGAGUAAAAAUGACAGAAUUGUCAUUUUUGGGUGAACUGUCCCUUUAAGACAUUCGCUCUGUGUGCUUUAGCUGAUUAAAGAGGUUUCAAUCAUUAACUCCUUAUCAAACUGCUAGACUAGAUGUUUUUGAACAUUUGACUUUUCCUCUAGAUUCACAACUCAAUAAAACGAGGAAAGAGCCGCAUGUCUCUGAAUUAAAGCUUCUGUAUUUUUGUGUUGAUGGCACUAUUGUUGGCGUUCAUUUCAACCUAAAACUCGUUUGUGUUCUAUAUAAGUUAAAUAAUUUGAAUGCCGUACUAGAUUCCUGUUGUGUACGGUUGCCUUUUCAAUUAGACUUUUUCCCCCUUACAAAUUUAAUUUCCCUUUUCUCGCAUUCAUACAAGCUCUUCAGACUGCAGUUUAUCUCUGUACCGUCAUGUAAACGGUCAAAUAUGUCAAGCUAUAAAUAGCUGUGAGUUUAUUAUUAUGAUGGAUUUUCUUUUUUUUCUUUUUUUUUUCUAAAAAGAAAUAAAAGGUUCUGUUGUUUUCUGUAUGGGGUGUAUUAAGAUAUCCUAGUUCUUUGUAUGGGAAAUAUAGAUACCGUGAAAGUCCAUUUAAUUGUAAGUAUUUAUCAACUAAGUUAUUGUACUUUUGCAAUUUGUAGAUAGCGAAGUAAUAUAAUGUAUUGGUAUAUAAUGAUGAAAUUAACUGUAUCAGUCAGUCUGGGGCGUCCUUUAAUUUAUUGAUGUACAUACUGUAUGCUUAUUGAUAUACAGCUUACUUUAUUUUGUAUAUGACCAAUAAAUACAUUUAGAAAAAGA